AUGCAGCCCACAGAUUAUGACAAGAUAUCCGCCCUCACGGAUAAAUCUGUAUCCCACACUUUUCAUGCCACCCAAAGGAAACAGAUCCGAAAAUUCCAACGCCUCAUUUCUUGUGGCAAGAAGAGAAUGGACAGAGCCUCACGUAACACGUCCACAAACAAAGGGAACAAUGAUGACAUGAAUAAAGCGAACUCAGUCAUAAACCUCAGCCAACGCCAGCUAUCUAAAACGGAAUCGAAUGUCCUAGCCUUGGGUAUGAAUUUUGCCACUACCCCUAGCAAGAUCCCGGUGGAAGAGUUCAUACAAUCGAUUGAACCUUCUAUUCGUAAGAUGGAUAAAGAAAAGGCAGACAACAUCCGUAUCCAAAUACACCAAGUCUUGAAGCACUCAAAGCCACCCAAAUCCAAUAUAACAAGACUUGAACACCAGGCUAUCAACAGCCUCCGCAAUGAUUCUUCGAUACACAUCCUAAAGGCAGACAAGGGUAAUGCAACUGUCAUAAUGGACCGCACGGAGUAUGACCAUAAGGUUCAGGAUAUCCUCAACACAGAUACCUAUACUUGCCUCAAGAAAAAUCCCAUUCCAGCAGUCGAAAGGAAAGUUGCCGCCAAACUACUCUCCUUAAAUCGUAGCUCAGCCUUACCGACUCCAUUAUACAGGCAUCUUCGUCCAUCCAGCUCGAAAUGCCCAAGAUUCUUUGGCCAACCGAAGAUUCACAAACCGGACAAACCGCUCCGACCUAUUGUGUCGUCAAGAGGUUCCCCAACCUACAACCUCGCACAACACUUAACAAAGCUCCUACACCCACUCGUGGGAAAAACGCCUCACCAUGUACCCAAUUCAGCAGGGUUCAUCAACACCAUAAAGGGAAUUAAAUUGCAAUCCGCAGACAUGCUAGUGAGUUUUGAUGUCAAAUCUUUAUUCACUAAUGUACCGACCGAAGAAGCAUGCCUCGUAACCAAGUCGAUACUCGAACAAGAUGGCACACUCACGGAAAGAACCAGCUUAACGCCAGAUCAAAUCUAUGAUCUUCUCCUGACUUGCGUAAAGUCUACGUACUUCCAAUGGAGAGACAAUUACUAUCAACAGGCUUCAGGCACUCCUAUGGGGUCUCCAAUUUCCCCAGUCCUGGCUAACAUCUUCAUGGAAGAUUUCGAGCAAAAAACUUUGGCAACAGCUCAAUUCCAACCUAAGUUAUGGCUUCGAUACGUAGAUGAUACAUUCAUCAUAUGGCCACAUGGCCCGGACAAGCUUGAUGGUUUCCUCCGCCAUCUCAACCAACAACACCCGAGUAUACAAUUCACCAUGGAAACUGAGACAUCCGAUUCAUUGCCUUUCCUUGAUGUACUCAUUUCCAAACGGGCCGAUGGUUCACUUGGACACUCUGUGUACAGGAAACCUACACAUACAGACCGAUACCUCAAUGCUCGUUCAUUCCACCCACCAUCAGUGAAAACCUCGGUGAACCGCACCCUACUUCGAAGGGCACAUAUCAUCAGUGAUGAUGAACACCUACAAUCCGAACUGAAGCACCUCAAUAAAGUGCUAAGAGACAAUGGGUACAGACCUAAGAAUCACAGCCUCGCACCGGAUUCGAGCAUGUCUCAGACCCUGAACACACCCGAUAUGCCGGUUGCAGUCCUUCCAUAUAUUGGCCAUGCAUCACACAAGAUCCAGCGAAUCCUCCGUGAAGCCAAUAUUAAGGUCUACUACCGAACUCGCAAUAAACUCGAAACGAAAUUGUACACCCACAAAGACAAGCACAACCCGAGAAGUCAAGCAGGAGUUUACCGAAUUCCUUGCUCAUGUGGCAAAGUGUACAUUGGCGAGACUGGCAGAGACCUCACUACCAGGCUUAAAGAACACAUAGCUCACGGCCGCAGAGGGGAACUUGACAAAUCGGCAAUUGUCAAACACUCUGCUGAUCUGGAUCAUGUUGUUGAUUGGGAACAAGCGGAAAUCAUAGCCCCAGAGAAACACUGGUACACCCGUCGUAUCAGAGAAGCUAUUGAGAUCCACAAACAUGACACUGUCCCACAAGAUAUCGGCUACUUCAUAAGCCACAUAUGGCAUUCACUGGUUGACCCUGGCAUUGAUCUGGCUCAUAUCUUUGGUUCUGUGCACCUUCAGCUGGUUGACCCUGUCAUUGAUCUGGCUCAUAUCUUUGGUUCUGUGCACCUUCAGCUGGUUGACCCUGUCAUGGAUCUGGCUCAUAUCUUUGGUUCUGUGCACCUUCAGGUAACAAUCUAG